UCACUGCCCGGCCAGCUCGGGUCAGAGCGUGCCGCGCCACGCCGCGAUGGAGCUGCGGCUGCCGGGCGAGGAGGAGCAGGAGGAGGAGGAGGAGGAGGAGAAGGAGGAGGAAGGCAGGGAUUAGUGCGGAGCCGGCUGGCGCAGAGGCGCAGCUGAGCGCUCCGGCGGGAGCCCAGGACCCUGCGGCCCGUGCGGGAGGCAGGGGCGGGAGGAGCUGAGAUGCGGCUGCUCCAGCCACGCCGCUAAAACUGCCGGUCACUCGCUCGCGGGAGGAGGAGGAAGGAGGGCGGUGAGCUCCUUCCUCCCCGCUGCGCCGCGGGGCGCGGGCAGGCCUUCCUCCAGCUCAUCCCAGCCCCGAGCCGGAGCCGCCGCCGCCCCCUCUGCCUUCCUGCCCUCUUCCCACCAUGAGCGGGGCCGUUUUCACCUCGUAAAGAUGGCGGUGUGGGAUCGCUGCAACCUUUAGACUAAUGACUGUCAGAAACAUCGCCUCCAUCUGUAAUAUGGUUCUUCAAGAGCAGCUCCACACAGUUGCCAACUUCCCUCCAUGUGGUGUCCCAGCAUGCCUUGUGCUGGCAAUGCCACACAUACCAUUCAGCUGCCCUGGAGAACAGAGCCUGCCUCCGGGGGCACCAAUGCCUCUGCUCUGGAAAAAGACAUUGGCCCAGAGCAGUUUCCCAUCAAUGAGCACUACUUUGGAUUGGUCAAUUUUGGGAACACCUGCUACUGUAACUCCGUGCUGCAGGCACUGUACUUUUGCCGUCCAUUUCGGGAAAAUGUUUUAUCAUACAAGGCCCAACAGAAAAAGAAGGAAAAUCUCUUGACUUGCCUGGCAGAUCUUUUUCACAGUAUUGCUACUCAGAAGAAGAAAGUUGGAGUUAUUCCACCAAAGAAGUUCAUAUCAAGGUUGCGAAAAGAGAAUGAUCUAUUUGACAACUACAUGCAGCAGGAUGCACAUGAGUUUUUGAAUUACUUGCUGAAUACAAUCGCCGACAUUUUACAGGAGGAGAAGAAACAGGAAAAGCAAAAUGGGAAAUUGAAAAAUGGCAACAUGAACGAAGCUGAAGAGAACAAUAAGCAAGAACUCACCUGGGUGCAUGAGAUUUUUCAGGGAACACUGACUAACGAAACUAGAUGUUUGAACUGUGAAACCGUUAGUAGUAAAGAUGAAGAUUUUCUUGACCUUUCUGUUGAUGUGGAGCAGAACACAUCAAUUACACACUGUCUAAGAGACUUCAGUAACACAGAGACAUUAUGUAGUGAGCAGAAAUACUACUGUGAAACCUGCUGCAGUAAACAAGAGGCACAGAAAAGGAUGCGAGUAAAAAAGUUGCCAAUGAUUCUUGCCUUACAUCUCAAGAGAUUCAAGUACAUGGAGCAAUUGCACAGGUAUACUAAGCUGUCUUAUCGUGUUGUAUUUCCCCUGGAAUUACGUCUCUUCAACACGUCUGGCGAUGCUGUCAACUUAGACCGGAUGUAUGACUUAGUAGCUGUUGUCGUUCACUGUGGAAGUGGACCGAAUCGUGGGCAUUAUAUUACUAUUGUGAAAAGUCAUGGAUUUUGGCUCUUGUUUGAUGAUGACAUUGUAGAGAAAAUAGAUGCUCAAGCUAUUGAAGAAUUUUAUGGACUGACCUCUGAUAUAUCAAAAAAUUCGGAGUCUGGUUAUAUUUUAUUCUACCAGUCAAGAGAGUGACUUGGGAAACUGUGACAGCUGCACACAACAACUCUGCAGGCAAAGAAGGUGAUGGCCCACUGAAUUGACUUCUACAAAAACCUCAUCUUGUAUGGCUGAAAAAUGAUAUAUUCUGCCUCUCAUUAAAUGGCCUAUGUGGUAUUGACCGUUACUGUUCAUUUUUGACAUCCAGAACUUUCUUUCAGGAGGGGAGGGCAGUUUGUUGUUUUUAAGUCUGAUUGAGAAGUUAAUUGCAGUCAGAUUCUAGUAGAGUUUAUAUGGAAUAACACCGAAAGAAUUGAAUGUCAACUGUUCAACCAAAUCUGGCUAGAGCAGUAUUUUAUGUGGAACAGCUCACUGUAUUUAGGCCAAAGUUGUUUUAAGCUUUCUAAAUGAUUUUGGAGUGUAUUGACUUUCUUAACCAAUUUAAAUGUAAGGGGGAAAAAAUCUGCUUCACAAUGACUGGAAUUGUCAUAGAGUAUUUUUCUUGUUUUUAUUUUUUUUUACAUGUUACUCUCAACUGCAAAGAAAGCUAAUCUUCCAAAAUCAUUUAAGCUUUGGGGGUUGUUAAAAACUUUCAGUGUAUAAUGUUAGGCCUAAAAUUCACAUAGAAGGAUGUAAAUUACAGUGGAACUAAGCAAUAUUAUAUGCCAAGACAAUGUGAUAGUACAGAUGAGGUGAGAUUUCAGAACUUACAGAGCACUGGGAUAAAAUCAGCAAGAUGACACAUGUAGCACAGAGAUAAAUUACUUUUAUAGAGAUUGAGCUUAUUGUUCUGCUAAAACAGUAUAACACGUUCUUGACUUCAUUGAUUUUGCAGAGAUAACAACACUGCUCAUGUGCAAUGUAUCCAUGAGGACUGAAAUUCCACAGUCCAGCUCCAGGUGUGCUGUUGGUACACUAUAUACAUAAAACAGGCUCCAUCCUACAAUUUUUUUUGAAUAUUUGACAGCAUUUUGAACAGACUUAGUUCUGCUGUUUCUGAUUUUACUGGGCGAAUUGGGCUGGUAACAGUAAUACACUGGCUGAUAAAACUAUCAAACACACAUACUGGAAUACAGCAAAGAAGGAAUGUAAAGGAAUGUGUCAGCAGGGUAUGAGAAGGGAUGGAAAGCGGAAUGAGGAAGAGGUAGCCCUGGGUAUCUCUCUUGCUUGGUUUGACACAGUUGUACAGUGCUUAAACCUUAGCACCCAAAUACCUGUUCAAAUUAGAUCAACAGCAAAGAACCUCCUGUUGUCUUCAGGGCGACAGAGAGCUGGUUCCAGCAUUUUCUAAGACUCUUUGUCAUCUCAUGAGAUGUAUUUCUACUUGUUACAUUUUAUUGACUCUCGUUCAGUAUUUAUUAGACAAUGUUGCUUUUGCUACUUUUCCUUUAGAAGCCUGCUUGUCAUUUUGUGGCAGACAUGUUUCAGAAAACUGCCUCUGAAGCAAGGCUUAAUCUUCUAUUCUAGUUUUCCACAGGAAAGAGAAAAAUACUUUUCACUGCAAUCUACUGUGAAUGUGAAACACUUGUUGUUGUUGCUGUUGAAUAACAGGGAAAAUGAAAUACUGGUUUCUACACCAACAUUGAUUGAACAUAAAUAUCUACGGCCAUUUUGUAAACCAAUGAAAUGUAGCACUUUACACUGAAGGACAAACAGAAGUGACCUUUUCAUAAGACUUUUUUUUGGUGGCUUAUCAUGUCCUUAUACCAGUACAAAAAAAAAAAAAAAAAAAAAAAAAAAAAAAAAAAAGUAACCUUAGGGUCCUUGGGUACAUGAAUAGAAUAGCAGAGCUCUGCAGAGAUCACUCCUGUGGAUGAAGGUUGUUAUGCAGGCUAUAGAUAAGCAUAAUUGCGAUGCCGUUCUUGUUCUUGUAUCAAUGAUGAAAUGAAAUGUUCUAUCUGUAACACAAAAGACAGACAUCCUACAGGAGACUUGAGCUCUCACUGAAGCCCAGGACGCCUUUUCCAGUGAAAAGCUAAACCUGUAAGUCUUUUUUUUUUUUUUUUAAUGGAUUUAUUUAUGUGCAUUCCAAAUUUCCAUACUAAAAAUAUAAUAAUUAAUUGCCUUUCAAAACAGGAGUGUUUCUUGCUUGUGAAUGAAGGCAGUUUCCAGAUCAGCAUUCAUCAAUGUUGGUCCAAGGGUCUGUACUUCACAGUUUACUGCAGAACAUUCAUAGGGCAUUCUUCAGUUUCCAAACAAGGAAGAAAAAAAUCCUUAAUGCAGCUCAUGUUUGUACAUUGUGCGUAGAAGUAACAUUAAAAUUGGUUCAAUUGUAGGAUAUAUUUAAAAAAAAAAAAAAAUUGAAUUAACUUAUAUCUGACAAAGUAUUUUUAACUAUUGGUUGGACUGGAUGAUCUCAGAGGUCUUUUCCAACCUUGGCAAUUCUAUGAUUCUGUGAAAAUGAAGUAAUAUUUAAAUGAUAAAUUAUAGGAUGCUCUUUGCUUUUCUCCAGCUGCAAAACAGCUCUGGGUUGUAAAACAUACAGAUAAUUGCUAUGUGUUAUUGAGAACAAAAUUCAUAGAAGAAGCUUUUUACCAAGUAUGGAACCCAUGCUCAAAAAUGAAGUUCCCAAACCUUCUACUAUAACUAACAAGAAAUGCACAAGACAUAUGACAAACCAUUGGAAAUGUUCAUCUCAUAAAAGAUCAUGGAACUGAUGAGACACCAGUCCCCCAUCACUGUUCUGACAUGAACUCUAAAAUAUCAUGGAAUGCUCACUUUAGGCUAGUAACAGCUAAAAUAAGGGGUAUUUUCUUUUGAUCCCAAAAAGUUGCAGUUAUAAUUCUAUAAAUGAUAUCCAAUCUACAGCAUCCUGAAUGUCUCAACUUCAGUCUGGCAAAAGCUGUCCAUCAAAGCUGUGUGAACACUUUUGCUUCUGGUGGGAGAAGUUCUGAUCUAUGCCAAAUUAAAAACGUUUGCAUGAGUUUUGCAGGAUUAGGAUCUUUGCAGGAACAAUAGUAUGAUCUACUGUGUUCCAUUUGAUUAAAUGAAAUUCAAUCCGUUCUCUCACGCUUACACACAGAUGUCCAGUUCCUUAUGGAAGAACGGUAAAAUAUCUAGGACAAUCACAGCUUUUCAGCCAGCAGACAGAAAAUAAAAAGAUAGUACCUAUCUAACAGUGCCCUGUGCUUCCCUAAAAUUGCUGCUUUCCUAGUAUUUGGUUUUGAGUGCAUUAGGUCUAGUGGCAUCUGAACUUCUCUACCUCUUUCACAUGCUGCUGCUGAGAAGUAUUGCCCAUUUAUUAAACUUUAAAAACUUCUUAUCAUGUUCUUACUUAGAAGAAAAGAAGAGUUCCAUCCUAUGCCUUUUUUUUUCCCCACCAAACCCAAGGAAGCACUGCAGUGCGGAUUAAUCACUUAUCUUAGAGGAUGAGCUCAGACCUCAACUUUUCCACAGAACAAGCUGUCAGGGUUUAUGUAAUUUCUAUUUCUGGGACACAGCAGAGGAAGGCAGAAGGAGUGAUGGAGAAACAUAUCAGUGAAGCAGAACACCUUGUUGCAGUCCUGAAAUGACUCCUGCCAAUUCUAUAUUAAUAAUCUACAGUAACCACAGAGAAACAGAUAGCAUCUUAAAGAUCUUAUUCCUUCAGCAGCUGGGGUGAAGAAAAUAAGGCAGUAGGCAUUUCCUUCAUGUUAGACUGAGUAAAGAUAUUAAAGAUCAAAGCUGCAACUGAAAUCUGUGUUACACAGUGGUUCCUAAAGUGCUGAUCCUUCAUCUCCAGACGUGACAUGUCAUUCACCCACCUGUUAUAGCAUCAUACCUCUCAGCAGCAGACCCUUCUUGUUUAGUCUCUUUGUUUUUUUUUUUUGCUGCUUGUGGCUGGUGAGCUGGAGAAGUAUCUUGCAGCUGAAUGUGUACUAGAAAUACUGAGAAGUUCUAGUUUUAGCUCCAUUCCAUGUUAGUACUUUUUAUCAAAUCCUGUUUUAAUUUAUUUCUUUUUUUGUUACUCCGUUAAUGUAUCUGUAUAAUAAUUUAAGCAGUUAAUAUUAUUAGUUCUCUAUUUUAAUUUUUAUGUACUUUGAGUUUUUACAUGUAAACAACCCAAGCACUUUAAGCAUCAGCGUCAAUAUUGUGAAAUUCCAAUUGGCUUAUCACUUUGCUGUUGGCUUUUUGUUUUGUAUUCUUUUGCUUUGGAACCCUUUGCUUAUGUUCCAUCAUAUCAAUCCAAUUUCCAUCUCUAUGUUUGGAGUUCUAGAUGGGUGGAAAUUUUGGAAGCCCAGAUUUGUUCAUUACAUAUUUGUUCAUAAGUAACAAGAAUGCAGUAUUUACUACCUUCCUGUCCUCUGACCUUGUAUAGCAAUACACACCUGAUGAAUGCAAUAACACCGCAUGUUUCACUGUCUUGUUUGCACUCUUAUCUGCUAGCAUGUCUGGAAAUGACUGCAAUCCUUUCAUCUGCUACAGCUAUCAAUUAUCAUAAUUUUGAGAAGCUCCACUUCUUCCAGUAAAAAAUCUUUUUUACUAGACAGAUAGUUAAACCAGUAUUCAACUGAUAACGCACAUAUUGCUCUUUGCCAUUUUAUCUGCUCUCUGUGCAAUCUCUAACAUGAGCAAUCUGAAGAGCUGCAUUCAUUUAUGGCCUUUGUGUGUGCACAAGCAAGAAGAGAAAUCUUUUCAAAUAUUUCCCCUCCCCACUUGGUUUCGUAUGAAGGGAAGAUGAGAAGCAGAGUUUGCGCUGGUGUUAGAAAAAAAUAGCACUCCAUCUAUCAGAGACACUGGACGUUCCUUAUGGAGCAGUGCUGGUGGUAACCAUAUCAAAAAGUUACUUCAUGAUUUUGGGGGCAAGGGUAAUUGUUAGGUUUUUAGACAUAGCAUUCUGUUUGAUCAAUAGAAAGCCCCGGAAUUUUCUGUUUCUGCAGUGCUUUUUCUCAGUUUAACAUGGCACUGAAUAUUUAAAUGUCCCUUGGCAAGCCUCAAUAGACAUGCUUUGAAUUUCUUUCCAUCUAACAUGCAUUACUUCAAAGAGAUUACUUGAACCCAGCCACAAGAACAAUUUAGAUUAGCACAGCCCUUUUGCUUACAAGGUCAAAUAACACCUACCAGGAGGUAUGUGCCCACCUGAUGGGACCAGCUGGGCUAAACCAGCACCUUUUUACACACUAAUGAUCCUUUACCCCCUAGGAGGUUUGUUUGCUGGCUUUGCCUGAAGGAUUUAAUAUAAGACUGCACAUAAUUCCCUUUAUUUCAAGGUCUCAGAGUUGCUAUAAUUCCUUAAUAAAUCUACUUCAUUGGGUUAUCUGGGCUGGGAGUACUGCACAGUAUAUAAUAAAUUAGCUUUUCUGUGCCAUUCACAGUGGUGAUUUUGGCAGCCUAAUGCAUACGAUGAAGCCUGUUACAGGUGGCAACUUCACUAUAUGUAAGAUUAUUGAAUACUAAGAAAUUUUUCUGUCAGAGUAGUAGGGCUCUAGUUCUGGACUGGCAUCUAGCACCUUAACCCCCAUCUUACCCAGAUAAAGUUGAUGCUUCACAUUCUAGAUAAGCCUACCCCAUCACCCAGAGGUUCCAAAAAGGCAGAAGCAAACCCUUUGGGAAGGUGCCUUGCAGUUCAAAAGAUACCUUGCCUGCCACAGUAGAUAAUUCAGAAAUUCACUCUCUCCUAUCCUCCAAAUCCUUAGUACAUAUACAUUCCUUAAAGAGGCUAUGCUCAAACAUCAGCUUUCUAUUUGCCACUGCAUUCAUAUUCUAGCAUCCCAUGAUGGAUUCUGUUCAAAUAAGAUGUUAUUUUCUCAUCUUCUCACAGCUCUCAUUCUAACUGUAAAAGCAACUCUAGGGCAGCUGUAUUACACAUUCAAGUGCUUUUCCUAGACAUGAUUUUCCAGCUUCAGUGGUUUCAUUAAAGAGCACUAACAGGAGCUCUGUCACUUACCCAUGUCUCUUUGGGAGUAAAAUCAUCAUCACUGCAUGAAUAUGGAUGUAGGAAGGGAAGAAGAAAGAACAGAGGCAGAAAUACAGAAAGAGUUGGUUUGUCUGAGGCUUUGGAUGUGCAUAUCUGUAAAUAUAUAGUCCCUAUUUAACUGGUCCUAAAGGUGCAAUGGUAGUAAAACUACUUACAAAUAUUGUGCUAGUUUUUUAAACAGAGUAAGAGGUAGUAAAACUAUUAGGCAUACAACUGGGGACACAAAAAUACUGAAUUUCUUGUAAAGCAGACAAUACACAGUGUGUGUGUAUCAGAGUAUCUACUCUUUUUAAUCAUGUACAUGUAAUUAAACCAUGCACUACCUGCAGAACUGUAAGAUAAAUCUCAUGUUGGAUAUUAAGGUUGUAACAUAACAAAUCAGUAUUUUCUCCUGUUAACAUGUUUAUAUUUUACAUAAAAUAAACUCCCUAGCUGAUGUUGCUUCCA